UCGUGUAUUGAUCUGCGCAAACUCAGCGCGUUGACUUCCGGGCAGUCUUUUCGUUUCCGGUAAACUAAGAAGAUGGCACAACGGUUGACGCUUCGUAGACGCCUUUCUUACAACACAAAGUCAAACCGCAGACGAGUGUCAAAGACUCCAGGAGGUAAACUUGUGUACCUGUAUACUAAGAAGUUGGGUAAUACACCUAGAUGUGGAGACUGCAAGUUGAAGUUACGAGGUCUGACUGCAGCACGCCCCCUGGAGCUUUCUGCCAUGUCAAAACGCCACAAGCAUGUCACAAGAACUUAUGGUGGAUCACUUUGCCAUACAUGUGUACGAAGCAGAAUUGUGCGUGCUUUCCUUAUUGAAGAACAGAAGAUUGUUGUCAGGGUGCUUAAAGCACAGGAGGCCACCAAGAAAUAAGUUGAGCAAUAAAUGUGAACACCAUUA